AACCUUUCCGUUUCUGGCAAAUUCUCUCUCCUCCUUCGACAACGACAUCCACCUCGGUCACCCCAACACACUUUUCACUCCUUCACUCCUCCUCCCUCCUUUUCCCCCUCUUUCCUUCCUCCUCUCUUUUUCUCUCUCCGCCAUCUAGAAGUCUAGAAAAUUCACCAUCCUUCCCCCAGCCGACACCUAAUUCUCACUUACAGUAGAGAGAGAAAUUCAAUAAAACUAGAGAGAGAAACUCUACAAAUUUCAGAUUUUUUAAAAUUUUUCUUUUUUGGCAAUUUUUGUUUGUUCGUUUCAGCUGAUCGACGAUGAUGAUAACGAUGUUUCAGCUCCAUUGAAUGAAUGUAGCAUCAUUCUCAGAAAUUUAAUCAUACGGAAUAAAAAUCAGCAAUGCCAGAGGAUAUACAAUUGAUCCGAGAAGAAGAGAGGGCGAGAAAGUCGGAGAUUGAAGUUUCUGAGGAUGAGCCAAUAAGAAGAACGAGGAUCAGGAGUUUGAGGAAGAAAGCUGCGAGCGCUUCCACAAAAUUGGCCCAUGGUCUCAAGAAAAGAGGCAAGCGAAUCGCCGACUGUAAGUUUGCCGCAAUCGCGAUUGAUGAUUUUCGGGAUGAGAAGGAAGAAGAGGCUGUUGAUGCGUUUCGGCUGAUUUUGGUGGAGAAGAGUAUGCUUCCUCAUCAUCUUGAUGAUUACCAUACUAUGCUUAGAUUUUUGAAAGCAAGGAAGUUUGACCUUGAUAAAGCUCUUCAUAUGUGGGAAGAAAUGAUCAAAUGGAGGAAAGAAUAUGGAGUAGACACUAUUAUACAGGAUUUCUACUAUGAAGAAUUCGAAGAAGUACAGCGACACUAUCCCCAUGGUUAUCACGGUGUAGAUAAGGAAGGACGACCUGUUUAUAUUGAACGGCUUGGCAAGAUUGAAACUGCCAAACUUAUGAUUGUGACCACAAUAGAGCGCUUUUUAAAGUAUCAUGUACAAGGAUUUGAAAAGGCAUUUGCUGAGAAAUUUCCAGCCUGUUCCAUCGCUGCCAAGAAACAUAUUGAUUCCACGACUACAAUAUUAGAUGUUCAAGGGGUGAAUUGGAUGAGCUUUGGUAAAGUUGCUCUUGAUCUGAUAAAGAACAUGCAGAAAAUUGACGGUGACAAUUACCCUGAGACUUUGCAUCAAAUGUUUAUCAUAAAUGCUGGUGCUGGAUUCAAGAUGGCAUGGACUACUGUGAAAAGCUUUCUUGAUCCGAAGACUACCUCAAAGAUACAUGUUCUGGGCAACAAAUUCCAUAGCAAGUUGAUGGAAUCUGUAGAUUCCAGCCAAUUACCUGAUUUUGUGGGUGGAACUUGCUCUUGCCCAGGCGGCUGCCUUAAAUAUCAGAAGGGGCCCUGGAAUGAUCCAGAAAUAAUGAAACUGGUGCAGGCACAAGAAAUUAUGUAUUUAAAGAGAACCACAAGUUCUUCUGAUUGCGAAGAUCUUAAAAACAAACUACUUGCUAAUAAGGCUAAGAGGAAUGACAUGAUUUUUGCUGACACGGUGCCUGAUUUAGAUGGUCAAAUUCCUAACAUUACAGCGCAACCAGAUGCUAAUGUAAGAAUGGGUGAAUCUUCGUGCAGUGGCAACUUGGUGGAAGUGGUGAGCACCGAUGCUAAAGUUGAAGAGGCUAAUUUAACAAAUCGUGCUUUUGGCAGGAGCAAAGAAGUGGGGCCUUUGAAUGUCAUUUCUCAUUCGAGAAGUUUACCAACUGCCUUCAUAUUCAAAUUUUUUGCAUAUCUGCAAAUUUUAUUUCGAUCCUUGGGAAAAAUAUGGAAUCUUAGACCAGAAGAUAAGCAGCUAAAGCUGCUGCGUGAGCCUGUUAACUUUACAGAGAGCCUGCCCGAGUUAGAGCCAGGUUUCAAGGGUCCAACUGUUGUUCAGAAGAUUGAUGACUCUGUGCUUGAUCCUUGUUGGAAAAGGCUUCAGCAUUUAGAGCAGUUGGUGACUGACCUCGUAAAUAGACCUUCAAGAAUCCCAGCAGAUAAAGAGGAGACAAUCCUUGAGUCAUUAAAAAGAAUAAAAGCCAUAGAAUAUGACUUACAAAAGACAAAGAAGGCCUUAUUUGCAACAGCAUCGAAGCAAGUAGAGCUUGCUGAGUCGCUGGAAAAUCUGAAGGAAAGCAGCAUGCAUAGACCAGCAACUUGUUGGAGGAGAAGUUAUAAGCAUACUCCUUCAGAAAGUCGUUAGGAUGAGUCAAAAUAGUAUUAUGUAUGUGUUUGUCACUUCCUUCAACAUUGGUUUUGCUGACUUGAAGACUACAGAUUCUUACAGCUGGUCUUUUACAUUAUUGCUUCGACUGCUCGGAGUGGACUCCAGUACAGCGCAGUCAUUUCACAGUAUCGUGUGUGAAUAGCUAACUAGAUAUCUUGCUUGUGUGAAUAGGUCGGCCAUACAAAGUUUAAAGCUAGAGAUUUUAGGUUAGAUUACAAAGGGAACAAUACAUAAAUACCGUUUUCGACAAGAACGUGAGAAUAACAGAACGAUGUAACAACAGAUAUGGCCUAUUUUUGUAUCAGAAUUGGAAAUGCUAUAAAACGUGCAAAGGGGAUUGGGUAUAGUUUCCCCUUUUUCUUCUUCUA